AUGAGGGUGUUUGUGCUCACACUCACUGUGGCCCUUGCAGGUAGGCAUUAUGAAUAUUUAAAAUCUGUCACUGUAGUCCCUGAGUUUGCUAUUGGAAAGACCUAUGAGUACAAUUAUGAAGCCGAGAUUCUGGGAGGUCUUCCAGAGGAAGGUCUUGCAAAAGCAGGCCUGAAAAUACAAAGCAAAGUUCGGAUUUAUGCACAAGCUCAGGAUAACCUUUUGUUGAAGCUUGCAGACCCUAAGAUAUUUGAGUAUAAUGGUGUCUGGCCAAAAGAUGCAUACAUUGAGUCUACCAAGCUAAGCGAAGCCCUGGCUGCUCAGUUCCAGACCCCUGUCAGAUUUGAGUACGCCAAUGGCAUUGUGGGAAAAGUGUAUGCACCAAACGGAGUGUCCACCACUAUCCUGAACAUCUGCAAAGGCAUCAUCAACAUUUUCCAGCUGAAUAUCAAGAAAACUCAGGACAUCUAUGACCUGCAGGAGGCCGGGCCACAUGGUGUGUGUUUGACCAACUAUGUCAUCACUGAGGAGAAGGGUGAUGGUCGUUACUUCAUCACAAAAGCAAAGGAUCUGACCAAAUGCCAGAACAAGAUUGUAAAAGACAUUGGCUUGGCAUACAUGAGGAAAUUACAUGAAUGUGAUACUGUACGCACAUCCAAGGCCUUAAAUGGUGAAACAGUAAUGAACUACAUCCUGAAGACUGCAGCUGCUGCUACUCAGAUUGAGGAAGUGGAAACUAGAGAGGUCAUUGAGUUCUCCCCAUUUGAUGUUCUUCAAGGCGCUGCCCACAUGGAAGCUAAACAAAAGCUGAAACUGAUGGAUGUCACAAAUGUACGUGUGGAGCCCAUCACUGCUGAAUAUCACCAGCGUGGAUCCCUGCAGUAUGAGUUUGGUACUGAACUCCUCCAGAACCCAGUGCAGCUGCUGAGAAUCAAUAAUGUGGAUGCUCAGAUCGUUGAGUUACUGGAGCACCUGAAGCGCUACAAUGUUGAGAACGUUCAUGAAGAUGCCCCACUGAAGUUUAUUGAACUCAUCCAGCUCAUGCGCAUGCUAGACUACAAUGCAAUUGAAACUCUGUGGAGAAAUCAUAAAGAAAAACCCAUUCACAGGCUCUGGAUCCUGAGUGCCAUCCCUGUUCUGGGAAGUCAUAUUUCUCUGAAGUUCAUUAGGAAUAACUUACAUUGGACUGAACAAGAAUCAACAGGAAUUGUAGAAGCAACUAAUGCUUUAGUGUCUACCUUCCACAUGGUAACAGCUGACCAAGCUGCAAUACAUGAAACUAAGGAGCUUCUUAAUCCCAUUUUUGAGAAAGAGAAGGAAAUGGGAACGAAAGAUUUCAAAUUCUUCAUUUACCGGGACAUAGUUAUGCUUGGCUAUGGGACCCUGGUUGCUAAACACUGCAUGGAAGAAAGUGAUUGCACUGUUGAUCUAGUCAAGCCCCUCCAUAACUAUGCAGUUGAAAAUGCAGCCAACCCAGAGAGGCUCAUCAUUGCUCUUAAAGCUAUUGGUAAUGCUGGACAUGUUGGAAGUUUGAAGACUCUUCAGAAGUUCCUUCCUGGUUUUGGUAGCGCUGCUGAACAUCUGCCUCUGCAUUUGAAGAUUCAGGCUGUUGCUUCACUGAAGAACAUUGCAAAGAAAGAGCCUAAGAUGGUCCAACCAGUGGCCCUGAGUCUGUUCAGAAACACUAAGAUUGACGCUGAGCUGCGUAUAACAGCUGCUGCUUUGCUGUUUGAGGCCAAGCCCUCCAUGGGUCUAGUGAAUUUGAUGGCUGCCACUGUGCUGAAAGAGCCCAAUAUGCAGGUCGCCAGCUUUGUGUUCAGCUACAUGAAGGCCUUGACCAAAAGCACUGCCCCAGAUAUGCUUUCUGUUGCUGCUGCCUGUAAUGUAGCUGUGAGGAUCAUAACUCCUAAAUUGGGCUCAUUGAAUAUCCGCUAUAGCAGAGCUCUGUAUAUGAAUGUUUACCACAACUCGUGGAUGAUGGGAGUGGCUGGCACUGCCUUCAUGGUCAACAAUGCAGCCAGCAUUUUCCCUAGAGCCCUGGUGGCCAAAGCGCGUGCCUAUGCCGCUGGGGCUUAUACCGAUGUUUUAGAGGCUGGAGUACGGGCUGAAGGCCUGCAGGAGGUGCUUCUGAAGUUUAAUGAGUAUCCAGAUACUAAAGACAGAAUUUAUAAGAUGAAGGAAACUAUCAAGGCGCUCAUUGACUGGAGGGCUGAAACAACACCCAAGCCCCUGGCCUCAGCUUACAUCAAAUUCUUUGACCAGGAAGUCGCCUUUGCCAACAUCGACAAGGACUUUAUGGAUUAUAUAAUUCAUGUGGUCAAAACACCUGAAAUUCUUCACAGAGGAAAGGCCUUCUUGCUCCAGCUGCUGUCUGGAGUUCAGAGACGUUACACCCACCCCAUGCUUCUGGCUGAGGCUAGGCGCAUCCUGCCCAUGACUGUUGGUCUGCCCAUGGAGUUGAGUUUCUACACUACAGCUGUGGCUGGGGCCUCUGUCGACUUCCAAGCUACUGUGACACCCCCUCUGCCUGAGGACUUCAGUGCAAUGCAACUUCUUGAAUCUGACAUCAACCUUAGGGCUUCAAUUACUCCAAGUGUCGCCAUGCACACCUAUGCUGUGAUGGGAGUCAACACACACAUUGUCCAGGCUGCUCUGAUGUCCAGGGUAAAGGUCCAUGCAGUUGUUCCUGCUAAAGUUGAGGCAAGACUUGACAUCAGCAAAGGCAACUUCAAGGUCAAUCUGCUGCCAACCGAGAGCAUUGACAAGGUUGCGUCUGUACGCGUCGAUACUGUGGCUGUUGUCAGAAACGUGGAAGAUCUCCCAGCUGCCAGAACCAUUCCUAUCAUCCCAGUUGAGCACACAAAUAAGGGAUUGGAUAGCUCAUCCUCAAAAGUAUUGGUCUCUGAGGGCUUGGUAUGUUCAUCAGAGCUGCUCUCCUCUGCUGUCUCACACAAAAUCUGGAUUCCAAAGGCAUAUGAGAAGAAGAUGUGUGGCUUAUUUGAGACCCUUGGAUUCAAAGCAUGCGCUGAGAUUCAUUCUUGUAACGCUUGGUUCAUCAAAAACUCUCCUCUUUACACCAUGAUUGGAAAACAUCACAUUUUUGUUGAAGUGGCUCGAGCUGGUGAGAGUCUUGUGGAGAAGAUCGAGAUUGAGAUUCAAGUUGGCGAGAAAGCCUCAGAGAUCAUCCGCGUGGUCGCCAUCUCACAAGAUGAGGACCUUCUGAAAGACAAGAGCGUUCUGAUGAAGCUGAGAAAGAUCCUGGCUCCUCGACCAAAGAACAGCACUAGCUCCUCCAGCUCCUCUAGCUCCUCCAGUAGCUCUAACCUCAGCUCCUCCUCAAGGACCAGCAGCAGUAGCAGUAGCAGUCAGGCCAGCCGCAACUCAAGCAGCAGCUCAUCCAGCUCAAGGUCCUCCAGACACUCUCAUCAAGAGAUGUAUGAGGUCCAGUUUAACAAGAAUCACAAACACCAGCAUUCUCACGCCAGUACUCACAAUUCUCGCCAGAGCAAGAGUAGUGCACAGAGCUUUGAGGAUAUCUACAACAAGGCCAGAUUCUUGUCUAACACAGUGACACCUAGGGUGGCCAUUGUCAUCCGUGCUAAGAGAGCCGACAACAAGCCUCAGGGAUACCAGGUCGCUGCUUAUGUUGACAAAGAAAACAUGAGACUUCAGAUCAUCUUUGCCAAAUUGACUGAUGCCGACCGCUCUGUAAUCUGUGCUGAUGGUGUCGCUCUGAGCACCCACAAACUGAUGGCCAGAGUUGCAUGGGGUCAGGACUGCAAACAGUAUUCCGCCGAUGUCAUUGCUGAGAACGGCCAAGUGGAUGAAAACAAGGCUCUUCGUCUGAAACUGAGUUGGGAAAAAGUUUCAAAGACAUUUAAGCACUACAUCUCCAAGAUAUCUCACCUUGCAUACUCCCUUCAAGAAUAUGGGGCCAGCAUUGCAAAGACCAAAGAGGUGGUUAAGCAGAUAAAACUUACAGUGGUGCUUGCUUCUGAGACAAAGCUGGAUAUUCUGCUAAGGACCCCAAAGAGACUCAUCUACAGCCUAGGCAUGGGUCUUCCCUUUUCUCUGCCUUUGGAAGAAUCGUCUUCUCAACUGCAGUCCUACGACAACUUGGCGUCAAAGAUUGCCUACCUAUUUUCCACUGGCAACGACAUGACCUGUACAAUGGAGCAAAACAUGCUGACCAGUUUUAACAAGGCCAGGUGUGAAAGCUCCAUGCCUGAAUCCUGCUACCAGGUUCUGACCCAGGACUGCACAGAGAAACUCCGGUUCAUUGCUCUGGUGAGGAGAGAGAGCUCACAUCGGGAACUCCGUGUCCACAUUUCUGACUUGACUGUGGACAUUGCAGAGAAGAACGGCCAUAUUGUGGUUGCAGUGAAUGGAAGAGAACAGCAUGUCACAGACAACAAGGCAGAGUUGGCCCCUGGAGUCAGUAUUCAGCGCAGAGACAGUGGUGUUGUUCUCAGUGCUCAUGAGCUUGGUCUUAAGGAACUCUACUUUGACAGACAAAUCCAAAAGGUUGUAGUUUCCGACAUCCUGAAGGGAAAGACCUGUGGCUUAUGUGGCCGUGGUGAUGGGGAGUUCAGACAGGAAUAUCACACACCUAGCAAACGCAUUGUCACCGACGCUGUUAGCCACGCCCACACCUGGACUCUGGCUGCUAAGACCUGCCGCAAUGAGGAAGGCUGCAAGCUUCAGCAAGUGUCUGUGAAGUUGGAUGGGAAGUUUAGUCAUCAUGGCGUGGCUUCAAAGUGCUACUCAGUUCAUCCAGUUCUGCGUUGUAUGCCCGGCUGUAAUCCACUGAAGACCAAAACUAUCAAAGUUGGCUACCACUGCAUACCUAUCGAUUCAAACCUGUCCUCUACAGACAAUAUCUUCAGUAAAAGUAUGGAUGUGGAGCUGGACACAGAUGCCCACGAGGAAUGCCAGUGCACGCCUCACCUGUUCUCGCUCUUUAUAAAUGAUUUGGCUCUUGAAAUCAAACAGCUGGACAUUGGGAUACACAUGGACAGUGAUGUUGUGGGCAUUCUGCUCUAUGCUGAUGAUGUUGCACUCCUGGCGGAAACAGAAGAGGACCUGCAGCUGAUGAGGAAGGCAGCUCCUCAAAGUAAAAAGGUCCUUACAUUUGGAAUUGUGAAUCUUGAGUAUGUCCCUCAGUACAAAUAUCUGGGGUUCACUUUUGAUGAAUUUAUGAGUUUUGACAUUGGGAAGAGCAGGUGGCUGCAGAUCUUCACAACCCACUCAGCCAUGAGAGUCGUUGUACUAGCCCUGGCUCUAGCCCUUGUGGCUGGCCAGCACGAAAACUUGGCUCCAACUUUUGCUCCUGGAGAAACGUAUGUGUACGAAUAUGAGGCUAAGAUCCUGGGUAGUCUGUCCGAACAACACCUCGCCAAAGCCGGACUCAAACUCUUCAGCAAAGUCAAAAUCAGUGCUGCCCAAGAAAAUAUCCUCCUGCUUCAGCUUGAGAAUCCUCAGGUUUUUGAGUACAGUGAUGUUUGGCCAAAGAAUUCCUUUAUCCAAACUCACCUCCGUGCCGACCUGGAAGCUCAUCUCAAAACCCCCAUCAAGUUCAAGUACGAGAAUGGGAUUGUGAGAGAGAUCCUGGCCCCAGAGAGUGUCCCCACACCUGUGCUCAACAUCCACAGAGGCGUCAUGCAAUUCUUCCAGCUGAACAUCAAGAAGUCACAGAACGUCUAUGAAAUGCUGGAGGAAGGAGCCCAGGGUGUGUGCAAGACCCAGUAUGCCAUCACAGAGGAUGAAAAGGCUGAGCGCAUCCUUUUGACCAAGAGCAGGAACCUGAACCACUGCCAAGAGAAGGUCAUCAGGGACGUCGGGUUGGCAUACAUUAAGACAUCCCAUAAGUGCCAGGAGACUUCAAAGAGCCUGAGGGGAACCACAGGAUAUGCCUACACGCUGAAGACAGUCCCAGGGGGCUUAAUCAUCCAGGAGGCCUCCGGAAAUGAAGUCAUUCAGUACACACCUUUUGAUGAGAAGGACGGCGCCGCUUCCAUUCAGACUAUCCAAAACCUGGUUUUCAGUCGCAUUUACAAGACUCCUAUUGUUCCCCUCAAUGCUGAAUACCGCCCCCGUGGCUCCCUCAAGUAUGAGUUCUCCACUGAGCUUUGGCGAAGUCCUGUCAGGAUCCUUAAGAUGACAGACGUGAAGGAACAGGUUGCUGAUGUCCUGAACCACCUGGUUGUCAGUAACAGAGACAAAGUACAUGAGGAUGCUCCUCUCAAGUUUCUGGAGCUGAUCGAGCUGCUGCGUGCUUCUGAUGUGACCGAACUGCGCAACUUGCUGACCACCCACAGGACUAGACCUCUUGAGAGGCAGUGGUUGAUGGAUGCCAUCCCCACCAUUGGAACAAAGGCGGCUUUGGAGAUAGUCAUGGAUGAGAUUCUGAGGAGAGAUAUGUCUGUUCCUGAGGCCACUCAGGUUUUAAUUGGAACUCUGCACAUGCUGGAGCCCACCAGUGAGAUCAUCCAGAAGGUUUGGAGCUACAUUGAGCACCUCUCACAGCAACAAGGAAUCUAUGAACAAGCUGUGCGCAAGUCUCUGCUCUUGAGCUAUGGUAGCAUAGUCCACAGACACAGUGUUCAGAAGGCUGAGUGGAAUGAUCGUGACAUUCAGCGCAUCCAGGUGUAUUUUGACAAGGCCUUUGCUGAGAAAAACACACAAGAGAUUGUCCUACUGGCUAAAGUUAUGGCUAAUGCUCAUCAUCCUUGGGGCUACAAAGCUAUCACAAAGCUCCUGCCAAUCCAUGGCACUGCUGGUUAUAAACUGUCCCACAGGGUUCACAUUGAAGCUAUCCUGGCCCUGAGAGGCAUCGCCCAACAAAAGCCCAAAGAGGUCCAGAACCUGGCUCUGCAGCUGUUCAUGGACAAAACUCUGCACCCUGAGCUGCGUAUGCUUGCCAUCAUGGCGCUCCUUGAGAUCAAGUCUUCAAUGGCAGUGAUGACUAAUGUUGUCAACGUUAUCAAGUCUGACCGCAGUCUGCCAGUGAUCAGCUUCACUUACUCUCUCAUCAAGUCUCUGUCCAGAAGCACAGACUCCAUAGUGGCAUCUGAGGCUAAUGUUGCUCUCAGACUCAUGGGCCAAAUGAGACCAAGCAUCAAGCUGAGCAAGGCCUUCCAUACAGACUACUACAGCCAUCCUCUGAUGGUUGGUGCUGCUGCAAGUAUUUAUUUAAUCAAUGAUGCUGCUACCAUCCUUCCCAAAACGGUUAUAGCUAAGACCAGUGCCUACUUUGCUGGAGCUGCUGCUGAUGUUUUUGAGAUCGGAGUCAGAAGUGAGGGAUUCCAGGAGUACUUCCUGAAAAAGGAGAUCUCUGAUGUCUCUGACAGAACAACGAAGAUGAAGCGUAUCCUUAAAGCUUUUCUCAACUGGAAGUCUAUACCAAUCACCCAAUUAAUGGGCUCUGCGUACAUCAAGGUUCUGGGACAGGAAAUCGCUUUUAUUGACGUUGACAAACAUGUCAUUGAGGAGGCAAUUAAGAUUUCCUCUGAGAUUGACAUCAAGGAGCAUGGCAUGAAUGUCCUCCGCCACUUGUUCCAAAAUGGUGUCUCCACACGCUGGGUCAAGGCAGUGAUGCCCACUGAGAUCAGACGCAUCAUGUCCACUGCUGCAGGUCUGCCCAUGGAGCUCGCUCUCUACACUGUUGCUGUCACUGGAGCAGAUGUCCACGCCAAAUUCCAGGCCAACCUGCCACAGAACUUCCAUAUUUCUGACCUUCUGAAGCACAAGACCAACAUUGAUGCUGAGAUCAAGCCAAGCAUGGCCCUCAACACAUUUGCUGUGAUGGGACUGAAUACAGACAUUGCUCAGGCUGCCCUAGUCUCAAGAGUCAAGGUCAAAGUCUAUGUGCCUGCCAAAAUCUCUCUUUCUCUGGACUUUGUUGAGAACAACUUUAAGAUCAGUGCUCUUCCAGUUAGCCUCCCAGAAAAUGUUGCACUUUCUGUUGAUGUUGACACUCUAGCCAUUGCAAGACAGGCCAAACGGGUGACUCCUCUGAUUCCUGAAGACAUUUCUUCCAAAAUUUCAACACCUUCAUCUGCUCAUUCCUCCCGUUCUAGGGAGAUGGUGGAUAACAUGCAAGUUCAGGACCAGCCUCUUCAAAAGACAAGAGCUUCCAAGGUUGACAAGAAAUUCUGCACUGAGAAUGCUGGAGUGAAGACCUGCAUCAAGCUCACAUCUCACAAUGCCAUGUUCAUCAGUGAUUCUGCUUUCUUCAGACUGGCUGGAAAGCACCUUUUUCUCCUCUCUUUCACACAAUCUAAUAAUGAAGCUGUUGACAAGUGGGAAAUGGAACUCCAACUAGGACCCAAGAGUGCAGAGAAGCUAAUCAAAAACAUCAACAUGAACAUGGAUGACAUCCCAGAGGGCACGCCUAUUCUGUCCAAACUCAAGAGAAUCCUGGCUCCAGGCAUGAAAAACGACACCUCCUCCAGUUCCUCCAGUAGCUCCAGAUCUGUGCUUCGUAACAGCCGUCGAUCCUCCUCUUCCUCAUCAUCAUCAUCUAAGUCUCACAUGGCUGGGAAAGUCAUCAGAGCCGUGGGGAAAAUCAUUGGGGGUAACCAUAAGAGUAGCAGCAGCAGCAGCAGCAGCAGCCGCCGUAGCCACAGAAGCCACAAGAGCCGAAAGUCCACUGUCUCCAGCCUGAGCUCCCUGUUCAGUUCUAGCUCCAGCUCUUCACAGUCUGUCCACAAGUCCCAGCAUAAGAGCUCUCAUUCCAAGUUCGAACCACACCACCAGAAGAAGACAUCCCGGCGUCACUCAGGAUCUGCCUCCUCUGCAAGAACCUUUGAGGACAUCAGGAAACAGAACAAAUUCCUUGGCGAUUCCGUUACCCCAGCUUUUGUACUUAUCCUCCGUGCUGUCAGAGCUAACAACAACAAGCCACUGGGCUAUCAGAUCGCUGCCUAUGAGGACAGAAACAACAACAGAGUUCAGAUGAUCAUUGCCGCCCUGGCUGCUGAGGAUAACUGGAGUUUCUGUGCUGAUGCCAUUGGACUUGCCAAGAACAAAGCUGUUGCUAAACUUGCAUGGGGAGAGAAGUGUAAGACAUAUGACACCAUGAUCACAGCUGAGACUGGUCUGGUCCAGAACAAAGUUGCAGUCCGUGUGAGACUGGCUUGGAAUAGACUGCCCACUUCUCUUGUCAGAAAUGUCAAAAUGAUCUACAAGUACAUCGUUGAAUCUUACUUGUCCAGUGUCUAUCUGCAUAGGAGAUCAGUUGAGGCCCAGCAGCUUUCCCUCGUUGUGGUUGUUGAGUCUGAGAAAGUGCUCGGUAUUAUUGUGAAAUCACCAGCCUACGUCUACAGGCGCUAUUUGUCUCUUCCCGUCAGUCUGCCAGCCGAUGAGCUGAGGGAGCUGUUUCCAUUCGAUAAAGCGCUCGACAAUGUUCACUUUCUACUGGCAAAGGCUGGUGGAAUUGAGUGCAGAUAUGAGAGAGGAGAGCUUACCACUUUCAGCAACAAGCAAUAUAAGAACUACAUGCCAAAUUCUUGCUACCAGCUGAUGGCUCAGGAUUGCACUGAUGAUCUUAAAUUUAUUGUUUUGAUGAAGAAGGAUAGUGCAGACCGUCACAUGGUCAAUGUGAAGAUUGGAACAAAUGAUAUUGACAUGUUGCUGAAUGGAGAAAUACCAACUGUUACGAUGAAUGGAAAGGAGAUUGCCAGAGACAGCUUGCCAUACAACAAGGAUUCAGUGAAGAUUGAAAUGAAGGCUGGCAACAAGAUAGUUCUCUAUGCUCAGACCUUUGGUAUUACUGAACUCCACUUCAGUGCAUCAGAUGUUUCGAUCCGUGUUCCAGAGUAUAUGAGGAACAGAGUCUGUGGUCUUUGCGGCCAAGGCAAUGGAGACAGGAGAAACGAUUACCGCAUGCCCAGUGGGCGUGUCACUGAUAACCCAUCAGUUUCGCCCAUUCCUGGACUCUAUCUUCUCAGAGCUGCACGGAUGAGACCGUCCAUUGAACUGGAGAGAGACAUAACCAUCCAUGGUGUGCAGUCUAAGUGCAUCUCUGUCCACCCUGUGUUGCGCUGUCGACACGGUUGCACUCCCACUAGAACCACCAUGACCAAAGUGGGCUUCCACUGCAGACCCCGUAAUGACAACAGUCAAGUCUCAGAUGUCCAUGAGCGCAGCAUUGACAUGACUGAGUCCGUUGAAGCCCAUCUUGACUGCAGCUGCACUUCUCAGUGUACUUAG